GCAAGCGACAAUGAAGAUGAGAGUGAGAAUGAGAGCAAGAAUGAGAAGGGUUCCAGUGACAGUGAAGAGGAGAAUGAGAGCGAGGGUGAGGCAGAGGAGAGCAAAGAAGGGAAGAGUGACUCACCAAAGAGCAUUCUAAAGAAUGGCAAGGAUAAAGAAUCCGAGAAGUCAGAUGAGGAAGAUGGCAGCCAGGCAUCAUCUGAUGAUGAGGAAGAUGAAGGCAGCGAAGAAGGUGAAGAUGAGGACAGCGAGGAAGAACAGGGUGAAGAUGAAGAUGAGGAGGAGGAGGAGGAACCAGUGAAAAAGGAGAAGGGCAAGAAGGACAUGAAGAGGGGAAGAUCCAGCAAAGAGAAGAGCAAAGGCAAGAAGGGCAAGAAAGAGAAAAAGGAUAAGAAAGAGAAGGAGGUAGAGGAGGAGGAGGCUGAAGGAAAGAAGAGAAAAGCAGCCAACGAGAAGCAGAAUGAGGCAAAGAAACCAAAGGGGCUCGCAGAUGCUGAGAAGGGAGCUAACAAGUGGAAUGCCACCAACCAGCGGGCAAAGUGGCAAAAGUUCGGAAGGUGGCUCAAAAACAAAAAGCGCUGUCCAGCCAAGAUCAUCGCAGCUUGCAAGACGGAGGAGACCCGGAACUCCUUGUUCAACCACUUCGUCGACUCCGACGGUGUGUUUGCUGAGGUGGAGGCCAAAUUCGAGUUGUCUCUUCAGGAGGCCCAAAGGUCAAAGGUGAAGUAUGGCUUCAAAGGCCAGCAGUGGCUAGAGACUACACAUGGUCCCAAGAAAGCUGCUAAGAUCAUGGAGCGUAAGGCACGUUUGGGGUUGACCAUGGAUGACCCGGAGCUUCCCGGAGAGAACGAGAAGCUAUACUUUGUUCUCAUCGAUCUUGACAUCACGGACACCAAGGAGUUGCGCCGGGUGGUGCGAUUGGAGAUGAGUGGGUCCCUGGACCAAGAUGGCCUAAAGGCCUUUGUUGAAGCUGGUGGAUGCUUGGAUGGCAAGCAGCAUCUUGGUCUUGGGCAAAUGGUAGGAGCUGAGGGCAUGCAGAAGCUGCUGGAUUCGACCGGGUCGAACAAAAGGAAACUUGAAAAGGACAAACCAAAGAAGGAGAAGAAGGUAGGAUAUCACAUCCCAUUUUGUGUGUAG